CCAGUUCAGUGCAUUGCUACAAUUGCAUUGAUGAUUCAGAGAGGAGUACCUGGACCUUUUCUUGUCUGUGGACCUUUGUCUACACUUCCUAACUGGAUGGCUGAGUUCAAAAGAUUUACACCAGAAAUUCCUACUAUGUUAUAUCAUGGAACCCAGCAGGAACGUCGAAAACUGGUAAGGAAUAUUAACAAACGGAAUGGGACACUGCAGAUUCAUCCAGUGGUAAUCACAUCAUUUGAAAUAGCCAUGAGAGACCGAAAUGCGCUACAGCAUUGCUAUUGGAAAUACUUAAUAGUAGAUGAAGGACACAGGAUUAAGAAUAUUAACUGCCGUCUAAUAAGGGAGUUAAAACGGUUCAAUGCUGAUAAUAAACUUCUUUUGACUGGUACACCCUUGCAAAACAAUUUAUCAGAACUUUGGUCAUUGUUAAACUUUUUGUUGCCAGAUGUAUUUGAUGACUUGAAAAGCUUUGAGUCUUGGUUUGACAUCACUAGUUUGUCUGAAACUGCUGAAGAUAUUAUUGCUAAAGAAAGAGAACAGAAUGUAUUGCAUAUGCUGCACCAGAUUCUAACACCUUUCUUAUUGAGAAGACUGAAAUCUGAUGUUGCCCUUGAAGUUCCUCCUAAACGAGAAGUCGUUGUUUAUGCACCACUUUCAAAGAAACAAGAGGUCUUCUAUACUGCCAUUGUGAACUGCACCAUUGCAAAUAUGUUUGGGACCAGUGAGAAAGAAACAAUUGAGCUAAGUCUUACUGGACAACCAAAACGACGAACUAGAAAAUCAAUAAAUUACAGCAACAUAGAUGAUUUCCCAAAUGAAUUGGAAAAAUUGAUCAGUCAAAUUCAGCCAGAGGUGGACCGAGAAAGAACUGUUGUGGAAGUGAAUGUCCCACUAGAAUCUGAAGUUAAUCUGAAGCUACAGAAUAUAAUGAUGUUACUUCGUAAAUGCUGUAAUCAUCCAUAUUUGAUUGAGUACCCUAUAGAUCCUGUUACACAAGAAUUUAAGAUUGAUGAAGAAUUGGUAACAAAUUCUGGGAAGUUCUUAAUUUUGGAUCGAAUGCUUCCGGAACUAAAAAAAAGAGGUCACAAGGUGCUGCUUUUUUCCCAAAUGACAAGGAUGUUGGACAUUUUGAUGGAUUACUGCCAUUUUAGAAAUUUCAGCUUUAGCAGAUUUGAUGGGUCUGUGUAUUAUUCCGAGAGAGAAAAAAAUAUGCACAGCUUUAACACAGAUCCUGAUGUGUUUAUCUUCUUAGUGAGUAUGAGAGCUGGUGGUUUGGGUAUUAAUUUGACUGCAGCAGAUAGAGUUAUCAUUUAUGAUAGUGAUUGGAACCCCCAGUCUGAUCUUCAGGCCCAGGAUAGAUGUCACAGAAUUGGUCAAACAAAGCCAGUUGUUGUAUAUCGCCUUGUUACAGCAAAUACUAUUGAUCAGAAAAUUGUGGAAAGAGCAGCUGCUAAAAGAAAAUUGGAAAAGUUGAUCAUCCACAAAAAUCAUUUCAAAGGUGGUCAAUCUGGAUUAAAUCAAUCUAAGAAUUUCUUAGAUCCCAAAGAAUUAAUGGAGCUUUUAAAAUCUAGAGAUUAUGAAAGGGAAGUAAAAGGAUCAAGAGAGAGAGUCAUUAGUGAUAAAGAUCUCGAGCUGUUACUAGAUCGAAGUGAUCUCAUUGAUCAAAUGAAUGCAUCAGGACCAAUUAAAGAGAAGAUGGGGCUAUUCAAGAUAUUAGAAAAUUCAGAAGAUUCCAGUCCUGAAUGUUUGUUUUAAAUUGGAACUAAAGAGUUGCCUUUAAAAAUUCUUGUUUACAUCCACUGAUUUACUUAUGUUGGUUCUGAAAUCCAGAUUGUCUAUUUUACUUUUUUGAUUAUAUUUGUUUACAUAAUGUAAUUAUUGAGUACCAUCACAUACUUCAUAGAUUUAUAAUUUUCUGAGCUUUAUUAAGGAUGAAAUGAUUUAUAUUAAGUUUUGAUUUUUGAGACUGAGUAGUAUGGUGGGUAGAGGCUGAUGUGUAUAUAAUCCACUGCCAGAUUUAUACAGUCUUCCUGUGGAAGUUUAGUAAAUGUCUUUUUUCCCCCUUUCUUUUAGCAGUAUACAUUUCCUGGAGUGUUGGUACUUCAGUUAUGGAGCAGGC